AGCAUCAGUUUGGCUGUGGAAUUAAAAGAAAGAGAUUACCGUGCACUGCAUGAAAAAAGGAUGUGGAUCCCAGUGAUCAUUAUUAUUUUGGGCACGUUUACUCAUACCCUGGCGAAAGACAACGGCAAGAGUUAUGAAAAAGAAAAAAUCUGCGAGGGUCUGCAGGCUGUUGGAAGCGCUAAAUUCAGAGAAGUUGUCAUUGCUGUGUACAGUCAGAAGUUUCCAAACGGCACUUUUGAAGAGGUAACAUGUGUGGCUGAAGAAAUGGCCAAACUGGCAGAGAAAUGCUGUUUGGACGAUGCAAAUCCUGACUGUUACGACAAAGGAGCCACUGCUAUAUCAGACAAGUCGUGCAGGAAAGACUCUCCGUUUCCCAAGCACCCAGGUAUCACACAGUGCUGUGUUCAGCAGGGUCGGGAAAGGAAGCUGUGUCUUGCCAUGCUACGCUAUGCAGCCGAUGAGCUUCCAUCUCUACUGGAACCUUCUAAUGAGGAGAUUUGUAAGCAAUACCAGCAGGAUCCAGUAGACUACUCAGCCAGGUAUGUGUAUGAGUUGGCACGUCGACACAGGAGCAUUCCAGCAGGCUUUAUACUCAACGCCACACAGAACCAAGUGAAGAUGGCCGAGACAUGUUGUAGUCUAGCGCACUUAAAUCCCUGUUUUUUCAAAGAGCGAUAUGAAUUGAGAAAAUCCAGUAAUUCCCUGAGAUUCUUGUCCAACGUCUGCAACAACCGAGUGAACCUUAGAUCUCAUAAAACUGGGUUGGCGGUGUAUUAUGGAGGUCUUCUGAAAUCUUCCUUCGAAGAGGCAAUGACCACUGCCAGUUCUUUCCACACUGCACUCACAAAAUGCUGUUUACAGCCACAUGCAGACUGCCUCCUACAGGAGUUCUCAGGCUUUCAGAAGAUCCUUUGUAAUGAAUCAACUAUGACUUCAAUGUCAGUGGAGUUUGAAAGUUGCUGUAAGAAGACUCCCUUGGAGAGCCUCAUGUGUGUGGACAACAUGAAAAGACAACCUCCCCAGACUGCAGACACACCACCGACUCUCUCAUCUCAGCUCUGUCAGGAGACUCAGCCACAUGCCAUUGAACGGUAUUUAUUUCAGAUUGGAGUUAAACACGCCUCAGUUUCUCGACCUAUGAUGACAACCAUCUUGGACAGUAUUAAACAUACAGUGAUUGGCUGCUGCAACAGCACUGACACACAGGCAUGCAUGCGGCAGCAGGAGGCCAAAGUGGAAAAGACCGCAGCACUCCUGUCUCAGACAGACAACAUGUGCUCCCAGUACUUUAGACUGGAUUUCCCUGAGUUCAAAAAAAAGAUGCAUGGUGAGAUCCAGGGAGAAGGAAAAGAGGAAAGAGUGGAGGCAGUGGUGAAGCUGGCCUCCACCUGCUGUUUCCAACAUUCUCCAGCUGUUCUCUGUCAGAAACUGAUGAAGGCUUUCAUUGAGUCCAAGGAUGACACCAUAGUUUGAGUUUAUGAAUUUUAACAAGAUAUUCUCGUAAAUCACACUGACCCAAAUGAAAGCUUUCAGUAGUCAUCAAAUUAAAAUCUUGUUCCAUUCUUGCUAUCUUUUCCCACAACCCAAUUUCUCCUACUACUAUGUACAUCACAGCUCAUUUGUAAAAUUGUGUUAAUCUGGUUAUUUCCUCAUGGACUGCAAAAUUUAGCAUGUAACUGAAUAACUGUAUUUACCCUUGUGGGAAAAAAGUGUGCUUUGGAGAAGUGCACUUUUUCUUAAAAAGUGUAAUAUUAAUGCCUACUUUUAAAUCGCACGUCAGUGUGUAUUAAAUGUACUAUUUUGGAACAACUUAUUUGAACUUAACUAUAUUUACGUUAUAUUUGAUUCAAAUUUUAAUACAAAUUAAAUACACAAAGUGCUACUUUAAUGUUAUUUUGGGCCACUCAAGUUACACUAAAAAACAAUUAAGUAUGUACUUCAGGAAUGUGAAAUAACUAGCUGUAGUGCUCUUUCAAAAUACUUUUUGGAAAUGUUAAAAAAGAUAUAUGUACUGAACUACAACUUAUUUGUGUCUAUAUUACAUUUAAAAGUCACUGAAAGACUUCUAAAAAUGUGGUUAUGUAUCACUUAAAGUUGGACAGAAGCACGUUAAAAUGUAUUUCCAAAAACUGUGUUCCAAACAUAAUUCUAAAUAGUGUCCUUCUAAUAUCUUUUCUUAUAGUACUGUGGCAUCUGGGCUCUUUUUUAACAUGGCGACACAGUUAUAACUCUCCUUGACAAAGAGCCUGUUGAGAAGCAGUAGUAUAAUUAACCAGUAGAUGACAUUACAAACAGUUUGGGUGGUAGGAGGGGAACAACAUCAUUCGCGAGGACAGUUACAUUCAUGGUGCACAGAUAAUGUUCAACUAUCACACAAAUUAAUCAACACAACACAAAGACUAGAUGAUGAACGAUAUACAUAAGCUUCUACUGACACAUAUUGAAACAUAAACUGAACAAUUAAAAAAACGGUGCCAAGCAACAGUCCAUCACCCUAUGGCAUGCUGGGAACCUCCACCCACCUCCAACACGCUACACUACGCCCCUUUGAGUACUUUAGGACACUUAAAGACGUAAAUAGUAUGUUAAUAUAUAGUCAUUGCACACUGAAUCACUGCUCAAAUCCAUUGUCUUUUGGUGUUAAAAUUACAAACAAUAUAAUGGCAGUUAAGUACACUGUUGUCUAAAGACCACCUUUUUUACCUGCUUUGCCUCAAAUAAAAUGCACUACAAAUGCA